GCCAGGCGAACAGUAAUUGUAUGCACGUUACGCGCUGUUUGUAAUUGAACAUGCCCUUGGAAAGGAUAAAUGGAAGGACGUGAAAUUGUGAAGCUUAUAAUUUUAUACCUCCUGUUAUGUGCAUAAUUGAUUGCUUUAGAGGUUUUCAUUUAGUAAUCUGGAAUCUUCUUUGCUUACAAUAUUAUCCCAUUGAUCGUGUUAAGUGCGGUUAUGUUCGUUGACUAGCAAGUGAAAUGGGUGGUGGUUUUAGACGUGUCAUGAUGAUCAGGGCUCAAUUACAAUUGUAAUAGUGUGAUUCAUGCUUCAAACGAUUUUGUGGUUAUGGCUUUUUUGUGAAUACAGACUUAUACUUAAAAGCGAAGGUUAUUUACAAAGUAUUAAAAUGUAUAGCUCAAUUACAAUUAUAAUAGUGUGAUUCACGCUUCAGACGAGUAUAGUGGUAAUGGCUGUUUUGUCAUUACAGAGUUAAAAGCGGAAGUUAUUUAAAAAGUAUUUAAAAAUGUAUAGCUUCGAGGGUGAGUUCCGUCGAAGACCGCAACAAAAUUUGUCAGGUGCAAGCAAGAAGCAGGAACGAAAUGAGUUACUACAAAGAGCACAAAAUGAACGGCAAAAAAGAGAGGAAUUGCGUAGAAGAUACAACAGCACAAUCCUCAUCCAGGCAUUUGUGCGAGGUUACUUAACCAGACAGCAUUACAAGAAAAUGCAGAGAGUGGCAUUCGAUGAGACUGUGCAGCGCAACAGUUAUGUUGGGCAGCCUCCUGAUGAACAAACCCUGACUUUGCUUAUUCAAAGGUUGCUCUUCUUUUAUUCUGAAGAGGAGGAUGCAAGCAGACUUGUAUGGAUAUCACAGCUGCUACUAAGACAACAUGAACAUAUCAUGGUAGCGGCAGAACGUCCAGGUGAAGCCUGGGCGUGGCGCCUGUGCCGUCUGUUGCAUAUGAAUGUUGCUCACAUGUCAGCUGCCACGCGGCAAACAAACAGCAGGGAAUCAUUGGCCGUUCCUCUUCGAACUGUUGAAGUUUUCACAUCUUGGGAAAUAUGCCAGCGCAUUCUGGGAGAGUCGAAGGCUAGUACAUAUCUCACACAUCUAUUCACAUAUUUGGUGAACAAGGGAUAUUUUGGACAAGUACGUUGCCUUGUAGACAACAAGAUUCCACCUCUUUUGGAAGCUUCAUCUCACCCACCAACGCCAUUGGCUGCUUGUCUUUUUGAUAUGAUAACACGCCCACUACAAUUGGUUAUCACUUCACCGACCAGCAACUCAGAGUUCAGUGGUCUAAUUCUUCGUGGUCUUUGCCAGCACAUCCUGGCUCCACCACUUACUGAACCAGUCAAACUGUUUGUUAUCCCAGCUUUAGUUGAACUUGCGUACUUCCCCUUCAGAGAGCUUCUGGAAACACUGAAGCUAAAUGCCCACACUGUGCCUGCCUCCACCUGGCUGCUGUUUACCGUGCUGUCUCUGGAAAGGAAGCAUUUUGUUCCAAGACGGAGUGUUGGAGAUGGGCUGCUUUUAAUUUACCUGCAGAUAUUAGCAUCCCUGACUGUAAAUAUUAGUAAGGUGUACAGUGGAUCUAUUGGAGGUACAGUGCACAGUGGUCAUGACACAUCUGGUGAUUCAGGAGAUGAUUCAGAUAGUGAAAUGGACCAUGAGGACAGUAGUAAUCAAGAGCUACAAAUUCUGGAGCAAUGUGUGGAGAUGCUAAAUGAGUUAUCCCGGGUUCAAACCUUGCUGUUGGCAGUUGAUCAGUCAGAGGACCCACAUGUCCUCCAGGCUUUGUGUCAAGUGUGUCAUAAUCUCCUUGUAUCACACAAGUUCGCAAUUCACAAGUAUAAGUUGCUGUAUAUGCUGGCAUUUAAGCCAACAUUCUUGCGACACCUGUGGACAGCCAUACUAUCUGUUUGUCAGACUUCACUGUUCGGAAGUGCCACACCAUUGCUGCAUGUCAUUUCAAGAGGAAUUCCGAUGUCUCCUGAAGACAGUGACCGCAUCAUUCCACUUCUUGCUGUGUUCUGCUCCCUCUUCAGCCUCCUUAUAGCCACUCUUCAUGAUUCUGAGUUUUAUGCUGAUGAUAACCAUGCAGGUACGCUGCCAACAGCAAUGCCGUUUCCCUUAUCGGCGCUAGUUCCUUUGAGCCUCACACUGAAAGAAGUUUGCCUCGGGUUAGUGGAAUUGGCUUUUCCUGACUCUCGACCAAGUGUACGGGAUGAUUAUCGUACGGCAGUGCAUGGCCGAGAGCAGCCUUCUAAUGUCAGUAACCAGGAGACGCAAAUGUGGGCACACCUCUUUAAGGUGACAGUUGGCUUGGUGCGACAGUUAAAUUCGCGAGACAUUCGGCAUCCAUUUUGCCCUGAAGGUCACUGGAUAUCUAAACAAGUGAUGUUUCCAUUAGACAAGCCAUCAGAUUUUACGCUACGAAGACACAGACUUAGGAAUUAUCGUCCCUUCCAAGGGCUAAGAGCAUUCACUAGAGAAGAACUUGAGGAAGGGCCCCCACUAUCAACAAAAGAAGUACGGACCAUGACAAUUUUGCGAGAACUUCCUUUCCUGGUUGCAUUCCAGGAACGUGUGCUUGUCUUCCAGAGUCUGGUAUUAAAAGACAAACUAGAACAUCAGGGAGAACACAGUCAUUUCUUGCAGGGGCCAAACAUACAGGUGGCUGUGAGACGGAAUUACCUGUACGAAGAUGCCUUCGACAAUCUUUCCCCAGAGAACGAACCUGAUCUGAGGCUGAAAAUGAGGGUACAGCUCGUGAACGUGGUGGGAAUGGAUGAAGCUGGUGUUGAUGGUGGGGGUGUCUUCAGGGAAUUCCUGUCUGAGCUACUGAAAACAGCUUUUGACCCCAAUAGGGGUUUCUUCCGUCUCACAAAAGACAAUCAAUUAUAUCCGAACCCUAAUGUUCAUCUACUUAUAGUUGAUUUUCCAAGACAUUAUUUUUUCAUUGCGCGAAUUCUAGGGAAGGCAUUGUAUGAAAACUUGCUUGUUGAACUUCCAUUGGCAGAGUUCUUCCUCUCCAAGCUAGUUGGCCGACAUUCAGACGUUGAUGUUCAUCACUUAGCUUCACUUGAUCCUAUAAUGUAUCGCAACCUCCUCUUUCUCAAGAGUUAUGAAGGAGAUGUUGCUGACCUUGGACUAGACUUCACUGUUCUCAAUGACGAACUUGGUGAAACAAGGGUUGAUGAGCUGAAGCCUGGGGGGUCCAGUAUUCCUGUCACAGCUUCCAACCGUAUUGAGUAUAUCCACCUCAUGGCUGAUUACAAGCUUAAUAGACAAAUUCGAGCGCAGUGCAAUGCUUUCAGACAGGGUUUGGCAAAUGUUAUCCCACUGGAAUGGCUGCAGAUGUUCAACAACAAAGAAUUACAAGUUCUGAUCUCUGGGGCCCAGAUUCCAGUGGAUGUGGAGGACUUGAAGCAGCACACAAACUAUACAGGGGGCUACGCGUCAGAUCAUCCCACUAUUCGCCUCUUCUGGAAGGUUGUGGAGAAUUUCACAGAUCAUCAGCGAAGUCAGCUUCUUAAGUUUGUCACUAGUUGCUCAAGGCCACCACUACUUGGAUUUAAGGAACUGGAUCCUCCUUUCUGCAUUCAGCAUGCGGGAUCAGUAGAUCGCUUACCGACAGCUAGUACAUGCAUGAACCUGCUCAAACUGCCAGAGUUUGGGGAAGAAGUGGUUUUAAGAGAGAAACUCUUGUAUGCUAUCCAGGCCGGAGCUGGUUUUGAACUGAGCUAAAUAGAUCGUCACUCAGAAACCACUCAUAAAUACCAGGAUCUACAUUCUACUGCUUUGUACUCAAGUAGAGCGGUGUAUCGUGUGCUGAGACGUGAGUUUAACUGUGGAGUAACAUGUUCAUAGGAAGAACUUCUAACUUAUUUUACUCAGUACAAGACACAGUACAGUAAAGGGAGGGAAAUGAAUCAUAGCUGAGAAUUGUAAUAUGUUUUACUGUAGUUAUGGUGGUCAUGUGUUACAGUAUAUUGAUGUUUGAAUUUUGCUUGGAUUUUCCAGUUGAUGACAAGGUUUGUGUUGAUUGUAAAUUUCAUAAGUAAGGACUGAAGAACUGGACAAUAUACCAUUCAUGGUAGUAUUGGAAAUACUGCAGUUAACAUUUUUAUAAUCUUGAGAUGUAUAUAACUAAAUUGUGAGGUUAACAUGUGGUAAGAUAUUGUGAUACAGUGUUGUGACCGGCAGAAUCAUUCAGUGUGUUCAUACAGACUGCAGGCUUUAGUGUUGUUACUGGGUGAGUGAUUACCAAUUAUGCCUUGUAUGUGGAACAUCUGAGUUUGAAUCACAGCAGAAACUGGCUGUUCUUGUUGAAAUUUUCUAUGGUUUUUCCUCAGUUAUUUUAAGAAAUGUUUGUUAUAAUACCUUAAAAUAACCAUGACUUGUUUCCUUCCAAAUCCUUUUCUGUCAUUCAGAACCAUUCUACCAUUUGACACUAAAACCAGUUAAUUUGGUAAAAUGUUGUCAAAUAACAAAAAGAAACAGUCAUCUUACUGAUGUCUGUAGAAAGAAAAAUAAUUUUUUCACAUAAUGGUAUCGUAACAAAGACAACUGAACAUCUGUAUGCUGUAAACUUUUUCAUACACAGAUAAUAUUGGAAUACUUUAUAACCAUUGCUGUUCAACUGUGAUAUAAAAUAGGUUAUUAAAAAUGUUGAAGAAAAUCAGGAGCAAUUGGAAUUGAAUUUUACAUUGCGAUUGUGGUCUGCCAUGAUAAGUUGUUUAGAUGCUAGUAAGAAGGUUAAUCUAAAAGUAAGUGCAGACAGUAUGUACUCUCUUCUAUGAUGUGACACCAUGCAGUCUGGAAAGUUCUGGAAAAGGGUCUAGUUACCACAAAUUUUAAAAUAUAUAACAGUUAUUUUAGUGUUAAAGCAGAGCAAACUGCAUGCCAAAUCUGGGAUGAUGUAGACUAGGAGGGAAUUUGUAGCCAGGAUAGCUCAGUUGGUAUAGCGACUAGGCUCUGGGCUGCACAACCACAGUUUGAUUCCUAGCAAGGGCGAUUAUUCUCUCACCAUCAAGUCCAGACCAGCUCUGGGGCCCACCCAAUCUCUGGCCAAUUGGUGCUGGGGUUUGUAUCCCAGAGAGUAAAGCAGAAAGAGCAUGAAGCUGACUACUCAGCUCCAUCUAGUGCCAAAUUUAAGAAUCAUGGGGGCAUACCUCCACUCCUCUGUAUGCCUUCAUGAUGUGAUGCUUAAUUAUAUGUUUAAGUACAGGGAUAACUUUUAACUUUUUACCUUACUAUACAGUAAAUACAAGAACUGUGCAGUGCAUCACAUUCUCAGGUAAUUUGGAUCAUAAAAGGAAAUAUACAGAAAUAAAACACACAUUCAUUAUCAGUAUAUGUAGUUGUAUGAAAAAUGUUUAGAAUUUUGAAUAUACUGGCAAGAAGAGGAUUGCUGUCAUGAAAGAGUAAUGCCAGAAACAGCUUCUGACAACAUUUCACUUUUAGGCUGAAUGUUUUUUCAGUGUUGCUAAUCUUAGACAAUUAAAGGAUAUUUUUUUGAUGAUGAUGUAAUGCAGAAUUUUUGUUUGUUUAGGGCCAGUUUCUGAAAUCAUACAUUACCAAAAUUUUAACUCAGAUGCAUUCAAAAUUAAAAGGAUAGAAUAAGAUUGAGUAAAUGAUCAUAUGUGUUAAUAAAUGAUGAUAAAUGUU